AUGAAAGCGGGAGGUGGUCUGGCGGCACUGCUGGCUCAGACGGUGGUGGCGGGCGACGUGAACGCCUGUUGUGGCGUGCUGCGGCGCGUUUUUAGUGAAACACUGCAGGAGGACCGCAGAUUGACGGCGGUAGCCUCGAACGCAGCGCGCAGCGUGCGUUGUCGUGGUCACUAUUCGGCCGGAACGUUCUCGUCUCUUGCCACAGCGCAGGCAGCCGCGACAACCACGCUGUCUUCCUCCGCAUCCUCUUCUUCCCUAUCAUCCUCUUCAGCCUUGGCGGCCUCUAGUGGACACAAUGAUGUCGUGAAUUUUGCCCGGUAUGCGCAGCACCAGCGCGCCCAGGCGCACUCCUUUGCCAACGCAGCCGCCCAGGCCGUGCUACGCACCAGCUUUGUGCCACCUGAUGGUGUUCAACCUGAGGCGGUGGCAGCGGCGGGCACGAAAGGGCACCAAGCAGAUGCGGAGGUCCCUCGAUCGCAUCGAACCUCCUCCUCUCUCGGCGCAUCGACGGACAUCCCCAUCGCUCAGCGAGUCUGGAAGCUCGCCAGGAGCACUCUGACGACCGACUCGGCUCUUGUGAAAACCUCGUCGCUGCAUGUGCUCUGCCACACGGCUCAACGCACCGGCUACUGGGAGGAGGCGCUGCACUUCUGCGAGUACUUGCCGCAGUCACCAGCACCGUUGUUUCUCUCCUCCCUCCUGCGGCCAGACAACGUGAGCCCAAUUCUCCGACACUGCGCCACGCGAGGCUGGGCGUUAGACGUGACGAACGCGAUUCGAGUACUGGCCGAAGAGCACGGCAGCUGGUCGGCGGCCUUGGUUGUGGCGCAGGACGCCGAACACCGUCUCCCGUGUGGCGAGGCCUACUCUCUUGGCGUUCUGGUGCCGUAUCUCGCCGCGAGUGGGGCGACGGCGCAGGCGCGGCAGCUCUUCGAAUCGGGACUGGCGCACGGCGCCCUCAUCGAUCCUGUUCUUGUGCAGCAGCUUGUCAUGCAAACAGCCACGCUGCGGCAGUGGGAAACAUGUCUGCACAUGCUGCAGUGCCUCUACAGCACCCAGGAAACCGCGCAACUGCUGCCCGCCGAUGCGGACUUCUUCUGUCGGUUAAUGGAGGUGUCACCUGGAUGGGUCACCUCGCUGCAGCUGCUGCACAUGGCGCGCGCCUCCGAUGUGAAGCCGAACGAGCGCACCGUGGCCAUCUUGCUGACGCAGUGUGACCAAGCCGGCGCGUGGCGCGAGGCGGCGGCGGUGUACGACAUGGCUGUCAAGGAGGACUUUAUUGACAGCCUCGCCGUCGGCUCAACCUAUCACACGCUGGUGCGAUCUUUCAGUGCGAUUCAGCAGUGGCAGAGGGCGCUGGAGGCACUCUCGUGGAUGUCGAAGGCGGACGACGCCUCGCUGACCGCUGGCAUGACGGAGCUGGUGACGCUGUGCGAGCAAUCAGGGCAGUGGGAGGCGGCCCUCUCCGUCGGAUCCACGCUCAUGGAUAGCGGCGUACAUUUGCUCUCGACACACACUUCCAUGGCGCUUCUCUUUCUCUGUGCCAAAGGUGCGCAGUGGGAGUUUGCCACGCGGCUCUUCGAUGGUCAGCUCCACGACGUCCGCGUCAGCCCACACCCACUCUCCCUCUGCGCUGUUAUGCAAGCAUGUGUGGCGGCGCGGCAGUGGGAAGCGGCGUUGCGCGUCUACGACGCGGCGAAGUCCUCGCAGCCGCGCAUGGUAGUACCACCCCUCGCCCACCGCAUCGCCGUCAAAGCAUGCGUGGCGGCUGGCAAGUGGAACCUGGCCAUUGCGGUGCUCGACGCCACGCGCCAGGAUGGGUUGCCGCUGGACAACUACAGCCAGCGCCUGGGUCUCUGGGCUGCCGCUAUUCAAGGGCAGUGGGAGUUAUCGCUCGCAUUUUUUCAAGGCAUCCCACGGCGCUCUCGUACCCCGCAGGACCGCAUGAUGGUGCGCCGUGUGACGCGAGCCAUCAGUCCAGCUGUGGACGCCAUCGCUCUACGCUUCCUCCAGUCGCACUAG